AUGGAGAGAUUUGCCCAGGUACUCGACGAUUUCAACGGACUUCAGGCCGAAAUCGAUGAAUUAGAGUUUGUCGAUAUCGAUGCAGAAGCGGCCGGUCGGGAGUUGUUCGAGAGGGAGUUCUUUGCAUUGCUAGGAAAAGGCAAGCAGUUCCUUUCGGAGACGGAAGAGAGCGCUUCGACACGUAGCGGCAGCGGUUCGGGGUCGGUGAAAAGCGGUGGGAGUACUCGGCCGGUGGUUAGAUUGGGAGCGACGGCGACGUUGCCGGACGCUUCCCAAAUUCCUAGAGUUAGCGAAACGUUACCAAAUCGGGUUUUUAGCGAAGUAAAGUUACCAGAAAUGAACUUAAACGUAUUCGACGGCGAUCUGGAGACUUGGCCUGAGUUUCGCGACACUUUUGAGGCGCUAAUAAACAAUCGCGCGUCGUUGAGCGAUAUCGAAAAGUUUCAUUAUCUUAGGUCGUACAUCGCACGAAGCGUGUACGAAACCAUCGGUAGCCUAGAUUAUACGAGCGAGAAUUACAGGUUCGCGUGGGAGGCUAUUUGCAAGCGGUACAACAAUGCGACAGAUCUCACACAGCAUCAUUUGGAAAAAUUAUUCGCGAUGGAAAAAUUGGAGUCUGCUACCGCGGUGGGUAUUCGGCGUAUUUUAGACAGCGUAACGAAUAGAUUAAAGGCGUUGAAAACGAUAGGGGAACCCACAGAGCAUUGGGAUACGUUUGUCGUAUUUUUAAUGCUUUCGAAGCUGGACGAUGAAACAUGCGUCAGGUGGCAGGAGUCCCUGCGGAACCACAAGCCGACCAAAACGUCGGUUUCGAACAUCAAUUAUGCAUCAACGACUCCCAGUGCGCUCCACUAUGCCGCCGCUCACACGCGAAAAGCCAACACUUCCUAG